AUGUCACCACAUUUCGCCAAGAAAACAAACGCGUCGUCCAGCUUGAACUUCAACCUCAAUCUCGUUCUCGACUUUGACUUUAACAACCACAAGAACAGCACGAGCCCGCUGAACGAAAUGGCAACAACAGUCGUGACUCCCCUCCCCGAGUCCAAUUCAGCACAUAAACGCAGCACAUCUUCCCGCUCCAACACCCUUCCCUCCCGUCCCACCACCCCGCUGCGUUCUGCCUCACGCACCAGUCUUCGCGCCUCACAAACAACACCCACAACCUCCAUCGACACAUCCUCGGACUUUCCCCUCACAGCUUUAGAACCCGCAUUCGGCGAACUCAGCGACGCAAUGGCCGAUCUGGAAGCAAAUUUCAUGCACCUCCAACUCCUUAAUGAAAGUCUAGGGAGAUUCAAUGAGAACUUCGCAGCGUUUCUCUACGGCAUGAAYAUGAGUGCUUUUUGUGUGGAUUUCAGUGAGGCGCCCGUGCCGCAGAGUUUCGCGGCGAAUCAUGGUGGCAGUGGAGGGUAUGAUCAGAUGUCGGAGAGUCCGUUUCUGCAACACCAACAGCAACAGCAGAUGGACGCGACUUUCUUGACGAGUGAUACGAGUUUUGUCAAUGAUCCGCCGCCUACGAGUGUCAAAAAGAGUGCAGGGAAGUAUUCAAGUGUUCCGGGGAGCGCGGCGAAGAGUGUUGGUGGGGUUGGAAGGGGGACUGCUGGCAGGGGAAGAGCGGGGAGUGGUAUUGCGAGGGGGACCAGCACUAGAGGUCGUGGGACGGAUAGAGGGAGAGCCGGAAGUGGAAUUGGGAGAGGAAUUCCUAGAGGGAGGAGCACGAAGUGA